GAUCCGAAAGCUUUCAAAUCAGGCGACGGGGGCGCGGUCGCGUGAUAAGAAACUGCAAGCAGGGCAAUAAGGGGGCGUAACUUAAAUCAUGCUGCCGCCGCACGCGUGAACUUUGUUUACAUUGUAAAGUUUGCUACGAUUUAAAGCGAUUAGAUUAAAUGUCAACGGAAGAUAGGAAUACUGACAAUUUCGUUUGAUUGAUUUGAGAAAAUACAUAUUGCCCAAUCUUCAUACAUUUGUGUUGAAAAUACAGCUUUGAAAUUGUUUUCUCAUCUCGCCAGCAUGAUUAGUUUUUCUAAAACUUCGUAAUUACAUUUCUCCUGUUAUCAUACAAUAAGAUUUGUUUGAUUGUGAAGAAUAGGAAAAUAGAGUAAAUAAUUUAUUCAUCAGGUCAUAUAUUUUGGAAUAAAUAUAAAAUUUAAAAUCGACACGAAAACAGAAAUUGCGAUGUAUCGUAUCCUAGCAAACAGCCAGAUCAAAAGUAAAUUUUUGCAAAAUAGUACUACUUGCCUCUGGAAGAGAGUCAAAAGUGAUUCACACUCAACGAAAUUGGCAGCGGCAUACAACUACAAAGAAGUCGAGGAUGGCUGGUACAGGCACUGGGAAUCUCAGGGACACUUUUCUGCCCAUAAAACACCAUCCAUGGGCAACUCCUUCAGUGUGCUCCUUCCUCCACCUAAUGUCACAGGAAUUCUCCAUUUGGGACAUGCGCUAACCUGCAGUAUUCAAGAUGCAUUGAUUAGAUGGAACCGAAUGAAUGGGAAACAUGUUUUGUGGAUCCCUGGACUCGACCACGCUGGAAUCGCCACUCAAACGGUGGUCGAGCGCCACUUGGCAGCCAACAAAAUGGGCGGCAGAGCUGAAUUAGGCAGAGAAAAAUUCCUCGAUGAAGCUUGGAAGUGGAAGGAGAGCAAAGGGGAUUUCAUUGUGGAGCAAAUUAGAAAUCUUGGCUGCUCUCUUGACUGGGACAAGCAGUAUUUUACGCUGGAUAAAGAACGAAGCAAAGCAGUUGUUGAGGCUUUCAUAAUCCUUUUCGAGCGAGGCCUGAUAUAUCGCUCUGAAUCUCUAGUCAACUGGUCUUGCCACCUUGAGUCUGCGAUUGCGGACAUUGAGGUGGAUUGGCUGCAAUUGGAAGAGCCACAGUGGAUCCAGGUUCCUGGCUACUCCAAAAAAAUAAAGUUUGGAGAGCUGACUCACGUUGCUCUUCCUGUGGAGAACGAAAAUACUGAGUUGGUGAUCGCCACCACAAGACUGGAGACAAUGCUAGGUGACAGCGCCGUCGCCGUUAAUCCUAAGGACGACAGAUACUCAUCUUUCAUAGGAAAAUUCGUAAAACACCCUCUCCGGCCAGGCGCGAAAAUCCCCAUAAUCUCUGAUGACUUUGUCGAUCCUAAUUUUGGAACUGGUGUUGUCAAAAUUACUCCUGCACAUGAUGGCACUGACUUUGAGGUUGGCAAAAGGCAUGGAUUGGAAUUUUUGACUGUUUUCUCCAAUGACGGAAACAUUUUGCCUCUGGGAGGGAGCUUUGACGGACUGAAAAGGUUUGACGCGAGGAGCGAGGUCCGCAAAUAUUUGAAUUCGUUGGGUUUGAUUCGGGGAACAUCAGCUGUGCCCAAUUCAAAAAUUCCUAUCUGCAGCAGGUCAAGUGACGUGGUUGAAAUUAUGCUCAAACCUCAGUGGUUCAUAAAUUGCAAAGAAAUGGCUGUUGAAGCAAAGAAAAGUGUUGAAACUGGAGAACUGGUGAUUGAUCCACCUGCUUUUAACAAGGUUUGGUUUUCGUGGCUGGAAAAUAUUAGAGACUGGUGUAUUUCCCGUCAACUUUGGUGGGGCCACCGCAUCCCUGCAUACCUUUGCAAAAGCGCCAGUGGCGAGGUUUGGAUUUCUGCGCACAGCAAGGAAGAGGCUGAGCAAAAGGCCUGUGAAAUUUUGAAAACUGAUCAGGUCUCCGUAGAUCAAGACCAAGACGUUUUGGACACUUGGUUCUCUUCGGCACUUUUGCCUCUUGCCUCAUUGGGCUGGCCCUCCAGCAUCACCAAAGAAUACUUUCCCCUCAGUCUGAUGGAGACUGGGCACGACAUUUUGUUCUUUUGGGUUGCAAGAAUGGUCAUGCUAGGAAAAGAGUUGACAGGAGAGCUGCCCUUUAAAAAAAUUCUUUUGCAUGGAAUCAUUUGUGACUCUCACGGUAGAAAAAUGUCCAAAAGUUUGGGCAAUGUGAUUAAUCCGGAAGACAUCAUACACGGCAUUUCUCUGGAGGAUUUAACUUUGCGAGUGAAAGAGGGACUAGUGGGAAGCGAGCAGGAGCGGAAAAAAGGGAUCAGUGCACAGAAAAAGGCCUUCCCAAACGGAAUACCUGCUUGCGGCACGGACGCUCUGAGAUACACUCUCUGCUCUCACAAUGCCAAAGCACACUAUAUCAACUUUGACGUUCAAGAGUGUAUCACAAACAAGCACUUUUGUAACAAAAUCUGGCAGGCAACUAAAUACGUUUUGAGCAACACCUCAACUAAAAACGCCAUCAGUGCUUUUGAACUGGCUGAAAUGCAACUUUCGCUGAUGGAUCGGUGGAUUCUAAGCAGACUAUCGCACACAGUAGACUUGAUGAAUGCUGCAUUUGAGAGGGAAAAUCUUCACGAAGCGUGCGCCGCCGUGAAGGACUUUGUUUAUUCAAACUUCUGUGAUAUUUAUAUUGAGGCCAGCAAAAUGUUGCUCAAAGACCAAAAUACCCACGCAUCUUGCCAACAAGUUCUCUUACAUUGUGUGCACACAUACCUUACUUUGUUGGCUCCUUUCAUGCCUUUCUUGAGCGAGAAACUAUACCAGCACGCGGCAGAUGACAAAAAUUCUGUCCACGCAAAUUGCUACCCUAGUUCAGCAGAGUGGGCUUGCUUUAAAAAUUCUGACGCAGAGUUCAAGGCAAACCUGCUGAUUGACACCGCGAGAGCCAUUCGAGAAUUGAAAAGCAUGGCGAAACUGUCAAAGCAACAGACAAAUGUUUUCAUUGAAACUGCACACCCGUCUCUGUACAGCGACAAUAAUAGUGUGCUCAAAAUGCUGGGCCAGUGCGCAGAGUUGUCCGUGUGCAGCAAAAUCGAGCCCGGCACUAAGACAAUCAAAGCACCUUUGAGUUCAGGCACAACAGUCCACGUGGCUGGAGAGGUGUUAUUAGACUUUGAUGCCAUCAACAGGAAGGUAAAAAAGCUACGAAAGGAGGAGGAGAAUCUGGUUAGGACCCUCUCAACGUCGGGAUUCCUCAAAAAAGCGCCAAAAGACGUGCAGGAAUCAAAAAGGAGAAAAUUGCAGGAAAUAAGACUGGAUAUUGAAAAAUACUGUCAACAACAAAUGGAUGUGCAGACCGCAUAGUCAAAAUGAAAUUUGUAGCCAAUGAGACUUCUAUUGGAACAUUAAAUAUAAAAAUCAUACUUUA